UCCCAAAAUCGACCCACCGUGGCGCGGCAUACGACGAUCACGCCACUGCACCGGAGAUGGCGAACGACGACGGCGACGCGCCGCCGUGCGACUACAUCAGCGAACUCCCCGACAACAUCCUGGUCUCCAUCCUGUCCCUCCUCCCGCUCGACGACGCGGCGAGGUCCACUGCCCUCUCCACCCGCUGGCGCCACCUCUUCCCCUCCACCCUCCUGGACUUCAGGGCCUUCGCCCCCGGCCGCGACGUCGUCACCGCCGUGAACACCAUCCUUGCCGCGCGCGUCCGCUCCUUCCACACCAGCUGGCUCUACUUCCCCAACGAGGACGAUCCCUCCGUCGGGGGCUGGCUCCAGGACCUCGCCGGCCGCCGCGUCCAGGAACUCUCCCUCUCCUUCAGCGAGGGGUGGCAGAGGAUCCCCGAGUCUCUCUUCUCCUGCAACUCCCUCAAGCGCCUCCACGCGGACUGCUGCACCUUCCCGGACGCCACCCAGGUCGCCGCGCCGCUUCCCGGCCUCACCGAGAUCGAUCUGUUCGGGGUCAACAUCUCCCAGGAAUCCCUCAAUGCCCUGCUUUCUGAGUGCACGGCGCUGGAACACCUGAGGAUGCGGAGCAUCGGCGACUGCGACUGCAUCCAUGUCCGGUCUGCGAGCCUCAAGACCCUCUGCGUCAGCGGCGACUUCGAUGAGCUCUUCAUCGAAGACGCUCCUAACCUGGAGCAGGUGUACGGCAACUCCAUGUACACGAGAAACCCGCACCUCAAGAUCGCGCACGCACCGAAGCUGGAGUUCUUGGGCUACCUCGGCAUGAGCUUCGGCAUGAUUAAGAUUGGGCAAACUGUUUUCACGGAAAACGAUUUUGGUGUAAAAACCCUGAUGCCGAGUCUGAAGACAGUUGCUGUCGAAUUGAGCUACACCUCCGAGGGGUACAUCGAUUGGUUCAUGCAGCUCCUCAAGUUGUUCCCUUGCCUAGAAACUCUCUACAUCAGGUCAGACACUUGGUCCAAGGUCCAAGCUGCAGCGCCAGGAUCCUGGGACGUGCUGAGAUCUGUCCCCUGCAUCGACAAUCACCUUGACAAAGUGGUGUUCGAGGUUUACAGGGGGCACGAAUGGCAAAGGGAGAUGGCCAAGUUUCUCCACGGCAGGGGCAGGUUUCUCAACACCAUGGAAUUCCACUGCAUGGGAGAUAAAGGUUGCAGCGAGCAUCUGGGUGACGAAUGGGUCAGAGAGCAGCAGGAGCUCCUGUGCCUCGACAGCCGGGCCUCCAUGGAUGCCCGUUUCCUCUUCUUCGAGGGCCCUCUGGUGAAUAAUCAUCACGAUGUUUGCCACCAUGAGUGGUACAAGAGAAAGUACUACCAUGGCCUGUAUAAGGUUUAGUGCCAAAGGUUUAAAAGGUCGUCUAGGGUGAAGUCUUUCGUUGGUCGAAUAACAAUAGAGCCGGAUCCAUUUAGUUCAGAUGCAACGUGCCUAUUAGUUUUGAAAAAUAUUUGAGCAAUUUUAUAGUGCUUGAGAAGAUAUCAAGAGGUAUUAAAAUUUUACGCUAAAAUUUUGGUAUCUCACAGUACCUACUCAAAGACCGUAAAAUUGCUCAAAAUAUUUAUGUUUGAACGAGUGUGUGAGCGUCUCGAUGUCUGAUUAAAUUUAAUUGCAAAGGUUUGAUAUAAGUGCAUAAAAUUUCCAA